UUUGAAGGAAGAAAAAAUUUAUUGACAACGUCUUAAAAAUGGGCGACCUGCUAUGACUAAAAUCCUAUUCAUAUUUUAAUUUUACAAUGUUUUAUAUAAUCGGACAUCAAAAUUCUUGUGAUAAAAUUAAUAUUAAUGAAAUAUGAAACAAAAGACAUGUUUUAUUGCAAGACAGUUGUUGAGACAAGGCAUUAAAACGACCAUAACAUACGAUCCAACAAAGAGAUUUCAGAUUUAUUUCGAAAGACAAAAUAGUGGCCUGUCUCAACAGCUUCCUGUUUCUGCAACACUUCUGCAGUCCGAUAAACAAGCAACAGUCGUUCUUCUCGGCACUGUGCACUUUAGUAAACAAUCGGUGGAGGAUGUGACUAAGAUAGUAAAGGUGCUCAACCCAAAUGCGAUAUUAGUAGAACUAUGUCGACAAAGAGUGUCACUUUUGGAAUUAGAUGACAAGAAGUUUUUGGAAGAUGCUAAAAAUUUCGACUCAAGAAAGUUAAAAGAGGCAGUGAAAGGUCAAAGCUUCGUGUCUGGCAUGUUACAUGCUAUGUUAUUAAAAACAUAUGCUGAUAUUGCCAAAGAACUUGGAGUAGCGCCGGGAGGAGAGUUUCGAAGAGCGUACCAUGAGAUGAAAAAGAUUCCAGGUUGUAAACUGUUUCUCGGUGAUCGACCAAUACAGAUAACGAUAGCGAGAGCGUUUCAAUCGUUGAGCGUGUAUGAACUUGGACAAGUGCUUUAUCAUCUCACAACCACUAACCCCAAGCCACUGGAGUAUGUUUUCUUCUAUAAAGAUCAACUAGAAAAAUACAAAGAUAAAGACUUUGUUCAAGCGCAAUUUGAAGAGAUCACUAGGGAUGUGCCUGCAUUUAAAAAGAUAUUUCAUGUAUUUGUCGACGAGAGAGAUAAGUGCCUUGCCUAUUCCUUACAAGAAUGUGUUCGUACUGUAGAGCAUCCACGAGUAUUGGC